AUGGAAGUGAGGCUUCUUCUCUUAGGGAAGCGGGGCGCAGGGAAAAGUGCCACAGGAAACAGCAUUCUGGGCAAAGCCGUGUUCGAGUCCAGGUUCAGUGAGCAGCCGGUGACUAGAAGCUGCCAGAGAGGGAGUGGGGUCACGCAGGGGAGGGAGGUUGUGGUCAUCGACACCCCCGACCUUUUCUCUUCGGAUAACAUUAAGCGCUGCUUGGAGCUCUCGGCUCCCAGCCUCCACGCCCUGCUUCUGGUAAUUCCCCUUGGCAACUAUACAGUGGAGGACAGACAAACAGCCGAGCACAUCCAGAAUGUGUUUGAUGAGAAAGCCAGGAAGCACACCAUUAUCAUCUUCACUCGGAAGGAUGAGGAGGGCUCGCUGGAGGACUACGUUAAAAACAACACAUCUAUUUGGGACUUGGUUCAGCGCUCUAGUGGUCAAUACUGUGGUUUCAACAACAAGGCAAGUAAGGAUGAGCAGGAUGCCCAGGUGAAGGAGCUCCUCUGCAAGGUUGAGGAUUUGGUGGAAAACGAAGGACCAUACGCAGUGAACUUAAGGGAUGAAGACAGUAGAUCCCAGGAUUCUGUGAAUGAAGACACAUCUCAGCAUAGUAUGAAUGAAGACACAUCUCAGAGGAAGAGCUAUCUACAUGGGUCAGGGGAGCAGCAUCAGCAGAUGAUAGGAUGGGAACCGAGCCCCGGGCUGCCAGCCCUCAAGGUCCUGCUUGUGGGGAAGCGUGGUGUGGGGAAAAGUGCAGUUGGGAACAGCCUUCUGGGGAAGCGGGUCUUUGAGACUCGAUACAGUGAAGAGCCAGUAACCUGGAGGUGCAUGUCUGAGAGCAGAAUCUGGAGAGAGAGGCAAGUUUUGAUCAUUGAUACUCCAGACUUCUCAUCUUCAAAGGACAUUGAACAAGACCUUGUGAACAACACCUGCCUGGGUCCUCAUGCUUUCCUGCUGGUGACUCCCCUGGGCUCCUUCAAUGAGAAAGAUGACAUGGUGCUAAGCACCAUCCGACGCAUUUUUGGGGACAAAUUCAUCGACUAUAUGAUCGUUCUCCUCACCAGGAAAGAAGAUCUAGAGAAUCAAGACCUAGAAAAGUUCUUAGCCAGAAGUAAAAGGCUCAACGAGCUCAUCAACAAAUGUAAAAACCGAUACAGUAUCUUCAACUACAGAGCUAGGGAGGAAGAGAAGCGAUGCCAGGUGGAUAAACUCCUGCAGGAAAUUGUAAGCAUGGUGCAGCAGAAUGGGGACAAGCCUUGUACUUUCAGAGAGAAAGAGCCCCUGCGUAUUAUCCUCAUGGGGAAGAGCGGGACUGGGAAGAGUGCCAGUGGGAACACCAUCCUCGGGAGCCCGGAGUUCCACUCUCAGCUGAAAGCACAGCCAGUCACCACGAGCUGCCACGUCGGCAGGAGGACAUGGAACGGGCAGGAUGUUGUGGUUGUGGACACUCCAUCACUCUGUCAGGAGUCCAGAGCUGAAGGGGACCUAUCCCAGCUCGAGAAGGCAGUCGAGGACUGUAGGUCCUACUAUAAAGAAGGGAGUACAGUUCUGGUUGUGGUGUUACAAGUGGGACGGAUCACUACAGGGGACAAAAAGGCAGUGGUGGACCUAGAGCGCAUCUUUGGAGCAGAAGUUAUGAAAUACACGAUCGUGCUGUUCACCAGGAAGGAAGACCUAGAGACUGGGAACCUUGAUGAUUAUGUCAAUAAUACAGAUAACAAGCAUAUUAAGAGCAUAAUUAAAAAAUGUGAGGGGAGAUAUUGUGCUUUUAAUAACAAAGAAACUGGCCAAGCCAAGGAAGACCAGGCAGAAGAGCUUUUGACAAUGGCUAGUAACGUGAUAAAGGGCGGGGGACAGCAUAAACAUCCCCGUACAUGGGAUGUAGGCAAAAUAAUGAAAAAUAUUCAGGAAAAGCCCUCCAAAUUACUAAAUAAUUUAAAGGGAAUAUUCUAG